CCAAGCAACACUUUUCCUGUCAACAACGCAUCGUACACCGGGAAAUUGUGCAAAUAACGUAGGUUUUGGACAUCAAACAUUGAACCACUACUAUUUCUUGACCAUAAUCUUCAUGUUUGCCCUACAUCAUCGCUUUGUACGCCUGUACCCGUCGUAUAUGAGAUUAGCAAAAAUGAGUCAAGUCGGAGAAAUGGGAAGUGGUGCCGGUAAGGGAGGCGGUGGCGGUGGAGCGAUUCGAGAAGCUGGUGGUUCUUUCGGUAAAAUGGAAGCGGCCCACGAAGAGGAAUACUUCUACAAGCAGCAGCGCGAACAGCUGGCUAAACUAAAGACGUCCACGGAUAGCGCCGGGGUGACGAAAUCAGGUCCCGAUGGCCAAAAGUAGAUAGCAUUUGUUAGUAAGCGCUUACCUUUGUUCACCUUACCAAAGCUAGCGACUCCUGUUUGAUGCAACAUCUGGCCAUAGAUCGACAGCUCUUCCAACGUAGCAGACACUUCGUACGACUCCCGGCGACGAUAUGGGUGAAUGUUGAAAUGCUCGAAUAUGUUCUGCCAGUCUCCGUACAUGGCGAAAUUUUUCUCAUCAAA